AUGAGUCGACCCAGUGGAAAUGGAACUGGAAAUGGCAGGAGAUCGAGGCAUUUAUCACCAGCCUCCGCGGCCACUGCUGCCUCUCCUCGCCCGACGAGCCGUCCAAUUCUUGAUCCAUCACUUACUCUAGACAAUCAGAGUGGCUCUGGUCCACCAUCAGCCCAGAACUCUUCGGGGAUUCCGGCAGAAGCCCUUCCAAUAACUGGACGUACCUUUCAUCCAGAUGCCUCCCUGGUCCUGGUUGGAAUUCGAGCGUCUGGAAAGCGUUCCCUAGGUUUCAUUGCUGCAACCGCAUUGAACAGAAGGUUUGUCACCGAGGAUCACUAUUUCCAAAGCAUCAAUGGGUUAUCAAGACAAGACUACCUCAAGGCAUAUGGAAGCGAACAGUUCCACAGACAGGAUAUUGAGUCUUCCAGGCAGAUGCUGGAAGACAACAAGUAUGGCUGUGUUAUCGACUGUGGCUUGGGCAGCUUGACCAAAAGCCUACAAGAAUAUCUCAAAAAGUACUGCGAAACGAAUCCUGUUGUCUUCGUCGUCAGAGACAUACUUCGAGUCAAAUCCCUUCUCAAUCUUAGUGACCGUCCAGCCAAAGCUCUUGACCACGGGAAUGCCACUCACCGAAAAUGCUCCAACUUUGAAUUCUAUAACCUGGAGGACAAUUCAACCACUGGUCCUGUCGAUUCCGAUAACAUCGACCGGGCAUCGCCCAAUUACUCAUUUAAGCUCAGAAAUGUCCAGGCUGAUUUUUCUCGAUUUGUUCGAUUCAUCACCGGGAGUGUCGCUACCCAGCCAGCUCUUCAGUCCCCUUUCUCGCUCGAUGUCCCAAUUGACCACCGAACUUAUACCCAUCUUCUCCGUGUGCGCCUUUCAGACUUUGUCAACGGACAGAUCGACUUCACACAACUUGAAUCCGCUGGUGAUGUUGUCGGGAUCUAUGUUGAUCAGUGGCAUUCUACCACUGCCAAAGCUCUUAGUGAGAUGGUGGCCCAAGCACGGAGAACUCUUCAGGUCCCAAUAUUGAUGUCCGCAAGCCUGGAGAUCUCUGAAUCUUCGAAUGUUGAGACCUACUUAAUGGUGCUGGCGCAUGGCCUACGACUUGGAUUGGAAUAUAUGAUCAUCGACCUCAAUCUCAAUGACCAACAAAUCGAUCAGAUAAAGGCAAUCAAAGGCCAUACAAAGCUUAUCGGGAGUUAUGCCAACACAACUCCAAGCAAGACAGACUGGAAGGAUAUCAAGUGGAAUGACAUGUACAUCAGAGCGACGCACCUUGGGCUUGAUCUCGUGCGACUUCUGAAUACACCCACCUCGCGUGCCGACAAUGACACCCUGACUUGGUUUAUCCAGGAGCUGAAGCAACUUCCUAUCUUCUCGAGUACUCCGAUAGCGUACAAUUCAGGCUUGAUGGGACGAACCUCACAAAUCAUGAAUUCUAUUCUAACCCUAGUGACUCAUCCUUCGUUGCCCGCGACCGUAACAAACCACCCGAAUGACUUCCAACCCUUAUUGACCUCUCAGCAGAUUAUCAGAGCAUUAUUCAAUAGCUUUGUGUUCGACCCUCUCAAAUUUUACAUCGUUGGAGGCAACGUUGCUGGCUCCUUGUCUCCCGCUAUGCAUAAUGCUGCCUACAAGCUUCUGGGAUUGCAACAUAAUUACAGCACCAAGAACAUCACUUCCUGGACGGACAUUGUAGAGCUUGCCCAAGAUGAUUCCCUGGGUGGCUUGAGUAUAGUGCAGCCCUACAAAGUAAGGGUUGUUCCGAAUCUAGAAGCACUGAGCGCACAUGCAAAAGCCAUUGGUGCCGUCAACACCCUGGUCCCUCUCAGAUCCGACUCAACAGGUGCUGUACCCCCCCUGGAAGUACAAGCUCAAAAUCGGAACCGGUCCGGACACAUUGUUGGCUGGUUCGGAGAGAACACGGACUAUAUCGGCAUUCUGAACUGCAUCAACCGAAGCCUAUCCCCUCGCAAUGCGAUACAAGCCAAGACGACGGGACUCGUCAUUGGGGCAGGCGGUAUGGCCAGAGCAGCCGUGUACGCUAUACUCCUGACGGGCUGCAAGAACAUCUUUGUCUACAACAGGACGGUUGAAAAUACUUGGAAGAUCGCCACGCAUUUCAAUGAGUUUGCUAGCAAAUAUCACACAGGAAGUCCUUCUCAGCAGUCCAUCCAUGUUCUUGAAUCAAUUUCUGAUCCUUGGCCAUCAAACUUUGCUCCACCGACAGUGGUGGUAUCUUGUGUAACUCAUGAAGUGCUUGAUGGCAAUCCCGGUGCGGACUUUAGGAUGCCCGAGACGUGGCUAGAGUCACCAACCGGAGGGGUGGUUAUAGAGAUGGCAUACAUGACCAAAGAAACCCCGUUAAUCGGACAGAUGCAUGAAUUCCGUACAAAAACCCAGAGACCCUGGGUUUUGGUGGAUGGUAUCGAGACCCUGAUUGAGCAAGCUGUCGCACAAUUUGAGUCCAUGACGAGCAGGAAGGCACCCAAGAGCUGUAUGGCUACUGCAGUCUACAAUGCCAUCGAAGCAAACAAAUCGUACUUAGGGGGCGGUGAAGAGUUCUUUGCAUGA